AUGUGUCUUGACAAUACAGUAAGUGUUCCUUCCAUUCGGAACGUUUUGUAUGUCUUCUUUCUUUCAGGAUCAUAAUACCUCAGUUAUUGGAUACCACUACAUAUUUAGAGGGCCGCGCUUCUAUUCCAGAUCUCCCGGUUGACAGAAGAACGACUUCACAUGAGCAGUGGACGUUCCAAAUCUCAGGUGAGUUUGAGUGAGCUACCAGGUCCGGGCCCCUUUCGUAGGAUCUCUUAGCGCUUUUAUCAGUCUGUAUCAUGCGUGACCAACUCCAGCCAUAUCAUCCUGCAACUUUCCUUUGUUCUCAGCAGGACAGGGGCGGAGUCUUGGCCGGCGGUGCCUGUUAUCAGCGUGACGGUCUAGAAGGACAAUGAGAAAAGAAAGGGCGUCCGUCGUCCGGUUCUUUCGAAACUUUCCACAGUUUGUGGACCUUCUGACCAGAAGACGAGAACACAUCCUUGCCCUUCUUCUUCUUCUUCUUUUCUUUCUUCUUCUCGUUUUCCGCUUCCGCUUCGGACCUUUCCUGAACUGGCUCUGACUCAUUCUUUUCGUUCACUUUCGGACCGCCGCUCCCUCGUGUAUUGUAGAGUGAAUGGGCGAAUGGCAAGUUUCAAAAUGCCGCCCGAACAAAAAAAGCGUGUCUCACUGGGUCGGACUGCGAGAGAGUAUUUGCUCUAGUUAUAUUGUGCCUCUGCUGAUGCCCCGAGUACUGUACACAUACACAGUAACCUCACCUCGCGACGCUACGCCCCUCUGGCAAGUCAUAUGCUGGCGCCGGUCGUCGAGCUCAUUUUCCACACAAACUCUAUUGCUUUGCGACUCUCUCUCUCUCCCCCCAGAGAUCCCCCAAACAAGUGACCCCUAUCUGGUAUUCCUCUCCGAUUCUAGAUGAUUCCCCUGACGGUGCCUAUCUGAAACUCUUACACUUUUGCUCAAUUCAAUGCUUUCAGACAAUAGAAACGUCUUCGUCGGGGCGUCGGCGGAAGAAGGCGAAUAGCGAAGUGGACAGCGGAGCAGAAGAGCCGACCGCCACGAGCAGCAACGACGACAAAAGUGGUAGGUCCCCUCGGUUGAGCUACAGUAAUCCCUCGCUUCCUUCCAGAUUAUCGCCUUGAAUUGAAGAAGCGUCUCACCACAUUCCUGACAAGUGAGUUCCCGUUCCUUUCCUCGCGGGCGCACCCAGUCCGUCCGCAUCAUAUCAGUGACUGGCCGUGUGUGUCCGUCAAGAUCACACGUGUGACGUCACACGCGGCGCCGAGUCGAAAUGUGUCUUCCGCGCGGAAAUCGACCGCAAACAUUUGAUCAGAUCGACGACAAAGCAAACAGCCGCACAAAAAAACGAAGUGUGCCACGGGCAACAGUGAACAUUUACACACAAAAAAACACAUAUUAUAACAGCGUUGCCCAAGAAGGCAUCAAAGGAAUAUUGUAGAACUGGGAGCUCCUCCCGGGAGUAAAGGGGAGCGUUUGGCGGGAACCGAAAACUUGAUUACUUUUCGGUUUCCCGAAAGUUUGAGGAAGAAUCUAGUUUUGAGGCUCAUGGCGGAUGCAAUGUUUGACGUUUCAGGCACCUGUGUGAAUCCUCGUUUUUUCAGGUGGCACUCCGAUGGCGUCCUCAGAUUCUGGAGUGGAGUCGACCGCUGAGGCCGACUUGAGCGAGCUGAAGGCUUCCGAUUCGCCGAUGUCCCACGAUGGAGCAGACUCGCCGCGGAGGGACCUCGACAGGACGGACAUUGUUGUCUGCGGUGAAUGCCACACAAGCUUCUCGCUGAGCUGCUUUUCGACGUUCAUCGAGCACAAAGUGAGUCAUCUGAUGUUCAGCUCUGUUCCCAAUUGUUUCUUUUUGUCAGGUUUCGAACUGCGGAGGCAAACUGACCCCAUCGGAUGACUGCGAAGUGACACCGCGCAGCUUCGACCGAUCGAGACGACGAACCUUCAAUCCGGCGGCGCUGGUAGGUUGAUGAUUUGACCAAUAUUUGUCGAGAGAGCCCUAUGGCGCCCCCGUGACCAACCAAAACGAAAGGGUUAGUCCCUUUUCUCGUCGCCCCCUCCACGUCGUUUCCUAUUUGUUCUGGACAUUGAAAAACUGUCGGACGGCGGGGCGAAAGAGAGCUCUGAAAUUCCCCCGGGGAGAUAGUACCUGUGCAAACAGAGCGACCCAUAGACUGCAGAAGAGCCAUCACCACCACCAUAACCAUCAACAAUCUCGACCAGCCAGGGAACUUUGACUUUCAGAAUCGAUGCGGUCGUUCCACUUCUGCCAAUCCACUCCUUCUCAACUACAACAUGGACGUGACCACCGACACCAACGACUUAGGUAGGUCGUGAUGAUCUCUUGGCCCCCGACUUCUAGUUCAAACUCUGUGUUUGAUCGUCCUCCAAGUACAUGCACUUUCAGAGCUCGGACGGUUCAGAGUCUCUCACUGACAUUUCGAAAUGUAUGUGUGUGUGUAUGUAGAUGUAUGCGCAUUUUUUGUUUGUCCAGCGGGUUACGGUACUUGAAAUUUUUCCACUUUCUGCCAUCCAUCUCGUUGUUUACCGCAGGGCGACUUCUUUCGGCGAGUUGUUGUAGACGGCAGAGUUUGUGUGGCGUGAAGAUGCGCAGAGUUACCACGUGGCAAGUGAUCAUUCGGAUCAGAGAGACGCAGUCGGCCUAUGUACUGACGAGUGGACCAGUUUUGACCGGCAAUUUGAGGAGCGGAGGUUGAGACGCGCCCGCGCGCUCACAUUCUGCGACAGACUCUUGAAACUCGGCGCCUUACUCUGCUGUGACUCGUCAAACGUGGGGGGGGGGACGUGAAGGGAUCCACCGAGUCGACGGAGCUCCUCCGAAGACCGGUCGUCGGGGCUCCGCGGGGUCAGGUUACUCGGGGCUGUUGAUUCAUUCACCGAAAUUCACGCACGUCAUUUGUGGACCGGCGGGGGGUCGUGUGACCGAAAAAGAAUCGGAGGCACAGUACCAUCUGGUGAGGAAAUAAAGUUCUUGUGUACAUACAUACGGCAGCGCACAAAACUCGGGCAUCCUGAGAUGGCAGAACAUCGGAAAUGAGAGCCAGAGAGGCAGAGAAAGAGACCACGGACUGACCGAAGUCCGAAAAUAGCCGUCCGAGAAAGAGAGAGUAACCGAUAAUGGCUGAACAAACUUUUACAGGCAACUCGACAAAAUCGCUGACGUGUUGUGCGUGCAAAGAGCGAUUCGCCGACGUGUGGACGCUUCUCAAGCACAGUUACAAUGUGCACGGACUGCGCGUUUGUCAGGAGACGAUUCCGGAAUCCGAUGUCUCGGUCACGUCCACGUCAUCGCCCACAUCUAACGACUCGAUGCUGAUGCCCUCCAGUUAUAGACACAAUGACAGCGCCCGUAAUAAAUGCAGUGGAACGAAGGGAAUCAUGAAGUUGCACGUUUCAGCCAAAGUACUACAUCCAACAUCGAUAAAGUCCGACUCGACAAUGAUGAAUAGCUAUUGUUCGGAGAGGCUGAAGGAGUUGGCCAGUCGUGCCGGAGAACAGGAUCAGAAGCCACUGAUGGCGCUCCGAAGGCUGAUGCCGAGUGACGAGACGGAAGAAGAGCAAGUCUCCGCGUUCACCUCAACCUCCCUCCUCAACUCGCGGGCUUCUCAGCCACAGCUUCCAUCAGCUCCGAAUCAACCAGGAUUCCAGUCGAGUUCCGUGCCGAAUGUCUGGAUGCAACCGUCGAUGCUGGCCGCCAUGCAGGACUAUUACGCCUCGAUUCAGCAAAUGCCGUAUCCGAUGACUAACAGCACUGCAGUCGCCCUGCUCAACCUUUCCAACAACCUCCAGCAGCAGCAACAGCAGCAGUCCCAGCAGUUGAAUGCAGGACAGCCGAUCGCGACGCCUCAGCCGCAAGUGCCUACGCCUCUUUUCAAAGUCUCAACAGACUGUUAGUAGUUCUCAGUGAGCAGACUCUUUUGAUGAAUUCAAUUUCAGAAGCACUUCUGAUGAGCCCUCAGCCUUCACUCCUCGCCCGGCUUCCGCCGCAAUCAGACGUCGUGCCUCUCCCGAAGAAGAAAUGACUCCGCCGCGGAAGAGCAUGAAGAUUGAAGAGGAAGACGCGCUGAUCGUCGUGGACGACGGAGAGCUCGCCGAGCCGGCAGCCAGAAGACAGAACAAUAUCAAGAAGGAAAGGUGCAACUUCUGUAACAAGGUACCACCGCAUCCACUUGCUCUUCUCAAAUCAAUGUGUUCAGGUGUUCACGAACCGCUCAAAUCUCAUCGUUCAUCUUCGUUCGCACACCGGCGAGAAACCGUACAAGUGUCAGUUGUGCCCGUACGCGUGUGCGCAGAGCAGCAAACUGACCCGUCACAUGCGGACUCACGGUCAGCAAGGCAAGGAGACCUACCACUGCUACAUCUGCCACAUGCCGUUCUCCGUGCAUUCCACACUCGAGAAGCACAUGCGCAAAUGUGUUGUCAGCAAUUCGCAAGGUCGUCGGGAAGGAGGCGGAUCCCCUCCAGGUGACACCGUUUUCCCCUCCUUCUCCUUCCAAGUUUUUCUUUCAGAACGCAUCCGUCCGACUCCAUCCGCGCUCGCAGAAGCCACGUCGCUCCUGGCGCUCUCCGCUCAACCCACUCUUCCGACUCCGCAGCCACCGACCAGCGCGGUCUCGCAGAGCAAUCAGAUAGUGCUCAACUGGCUUCAAGCGCUGAACGCCAGCAACAGCACACCGGCGGCUCCGUCGAAAGAAGACAUGACCGAUCCGGAUGAGGAGAUGGAGGAGACGGAAGCGAGCGAGUUGCACGAGAAGCAAAUCCAGCACAUCAAAGUGAGUUCCGAGCUCUGAAUUAUUCUAUACUUCUUCCGUUUCAGAAUGAUCAAGCACAACCGAGCCAAGUAGCGGCCGCCAACUAA